CCCGCCCCGGCCGCAACUCCGCAGCACUAGCAGCCACCGCGGCCCGUGGUCCGUGGUCUCGCAGCCCCUGUAACAGCCGCGCCGGGCGAGGGCGCGGGCGGGCGCCGCCGCCGCCAUGGUGAAGGUGUCGUUCAGCUCCGCCUUGGCGCAGAAGGAGGCGGCCAAGAAGGAGGAGGAGAACAGCCAGGUGCUCAUCCUGCCCACCGCCGCCAAGGACCCUGAUGAUGUGGUACCUGUUGGACAGAGGAGAGCUUGGUGUUGGUGUAUGUGCUUUGGAUUGGCUUUUAUGCUUGCUGGUGUUAUACUCGGUGGAGCCUAUCUGUACAAAUAUUUUGCAUUCCAGCAAGGUGGCGUGUACUUCUGCGGAUUACAGUAUAUUGAAGAUGGGUUAACUUUAACCGAGCCUGAUCCAGAAGCUCCUGCUGCUCGCUACCAUACCAUUGAGGAAAACAUUCAGAUCCUUGAGGAAGAGGAUGUUGAAUUCAUCAGCGUGCCUGUUCCAGAAUUUGCUGAUAGCGACCCUGCUGAUAUUGUUCAUGAUUUCCACCGGAGACUCACAGCCUACCUUGACCUCAGCCUGGAUAAGUGCUAUGUGAUUCCUCUGAACACUUCAGUCGUUAUGCCACCCAAAAAUUUCUUGGAACUGCUGAUCAACAUCAAGGCUGGAACAUACCUACCACAGUCGUACCUGAUUCACGAACAGAUGAUUGUUACUGAUCGCAUUGAGAAUGUGGAUCAGCUGGGAUUCUUUAUCUAUCGUCUGUGCCGUGGCAAGGAAACCUAUAAAUUGCAGCGCAAAGAAAUCAUGAAAGGAAUUCAGAAGCGUGAAGCCAGCAAUUGCCGAAAAAUUCGACACUUUGAGAACAGAUUUGCUAUGGAAACGCUCAUCUGUGAACAGUAAUGAAGAAUAUUACUACUACCGAAGACUUAAGCCAACAGUAUGACCCCACCCUUUGUAUUGUGUGCAGUGAUUAUUUUUAAAAAUCUUCUUUUAUGUAAGUAGUGGACAGGGCUUUAUUGUUGAACACCUUCAACACUCUUCAUCUCAUGAUACAUUUUAAAAUCAAUAUGUUUUAGGUUUUUUCUUAUUUUCAAGUGUGGUGUCUUUCUUAUAUUUGAAUAGUGAUUGUAUAAAGUCUUAGUUACUAGUGCAUUUCACGUGAUGAAUCUCGAAUACUAGGAGGAUAAAGUAUUUGAAUUAUUCACCAGUUUUUAAGUAAAAUUGAAAAGAAUUAUUAAUAUACAAACGGACUGCAAGAGCUACUUCUAACUGUAAUAUUCCCUGCUAUAUAGUUUGUUAUAGCAUAUAAACAUAUCUCUAAACUUUCCUAACUAAAAAGUGCAAUUUUGGUUUUGUUUUUUUAAAUAUUGUCACAUUUACCUUUUUUAGAUUGAUUUCUGAUUUGAUGUUUUAAUAUGGCAAGUGUUUGCAGUAACAAUCUUUUAGAAAAUUAAGCAGUAACUUAUGUUACUAACUUGUAUAUAAUCUAUGUAUGUGCAAUGGAAAAUAAAUCUUAUAAACCCGUU